UGCUGACAUUAUAUUCGUGUAUGGUUUCUGUAAUAGCAGCGCAUUACGUGCUGAUGAUAACAAAAGAAUUUCGAUGAGCAUCACAUGUGGACGUUUGGAAGACCCUUAGGAAAAACGGUUUUAAGCCUUUCCAUAUUCAACCGGUUCAACAUCUUCAAGAGGGUGAUUAAGGCCUAAGGGUUCAAUUUUGCGAAUGAAUCCACAAAAUCGAGGCCUACUUAAAUACAUUUUAUUUAGCGAUGAAGCUCAUUUUACCCGCAAUGGAAUUAAUAACCGACACAAUGAACAUAUUCGGUGGUAAGAUGAAAAUCUUCGAAUGAAAAUUUGAACGAAACUUUUAACAUCGAUUCAGUGUUAACGUGUGGUGUGGAAUGCUGAACGACCAGUUGUUUGGUCCUUUAUUAGAUGAGCGUCUUACUGGAGAAGGAUAUUUACGCUUUUUAGAAGACCAUUUAAUACACCAGUACGCGCUUAACUGCGGUAGAAUACAGUCGACAAGGUCGUUCCGUGAUUCUCGAGUGCGAACCGCAAAAAAAAAAAGUGCCAAGUAUGCGAUUAAUCCGUGAGAACACUAUUGUAGCGGAUUUUAAAAACGUUCGAAAAAAGCCGUUUCAAAUAGAAAUUCAUAAAUGGAUUAAAGAAACAUUUAACUUUUCUGUUGACCAAGUGUGUGGCAUACAAUGUAACACUUUGUCAAAAAAAGUGUACAUUAAACUUAUAUCCAACCUGUUAGUGAAAAAUACACUAAAAAAGUUUGAAACCGAAUCUCCGAAAUUUAUCGAUAAUGAAGGUAUAAGGCAUGAAAUUCCUUUGGAAGAGGAGGGACAAGACGUUGUUUUAAGAAUCUAUGAUCUACCAUUAGAAUUAAAAGACUGUAAAAUUAAGGAAUAUUUGUCAAUAUAUGGCAGUGUCAAAAGUGUAAGAAGGGAAAAAUGCUCCGGCUCGGAAUACUAUGAAGUGGAGAAUGGAAUUCGAUCGGUCCUUAUAACCAUGAAAAAGCCAAUACCGUCUUAUAUUUCAAUAGAAAGUUAUACAUCCCUGGUGGUGUAUAAAAACCAAAUAAGGACCUGCGUGUUAUGCAACAAACCUGGGCAUGAAAGGCGUGACUGCCCUGAUCGUAUCGUAGCUCGUAUUCAGGAAAUUCGUAGGCCACAGGCACCUGUGCCUACUGAAGAGGAUCAACAAAUAAGGAAGCUAUACUCCGAGAUAAUAAUCAAAAAUAAAUACAAUAAUGACAAUGGCCACAACUCAGAACAACCCCUAUCGGAAUCGGAAUCCAAUAGUACACAAACUCAAGACGAAAUCAUCAGUAUUAAAGAGGCACAGCCUCCUUCUCCCGAUAUAAUUGAAGCGACACCACAGGACCAAAUCCAUCAUAUGGAAGGCAAUGGAGGAUCAAAGCGAUGUAGAGAUGCUCUUACAUCCAGCGAAGAAGAAGGAUUUAAACCCCUUAAGACUAAAUUUCGAAAGGAUAAAAAAACCGGUCAAUAUGUCUUAGGUGAACAGUCUAGUGAGGUUGACAAUGAAGAAUGUGAAGUGGAGAAAACAAGUGAUAAUGAAAAUUAAAUUAAAAAA